GAGUGAUGGCCCGGGCUGUCGCCGCCGCUUCUGCCUCCUCUCCCAGGAACCGAGGUCGCUGCUGCCACCGCCACCGGGGUCGCCGGCAGCCCACGGUCUAGCGUGGCCGGAACCCAUAGUCAUGGAGGACUUCAUCGUGAUUUCGGACGACAGCGGUUCGGAGAGCUCGGGGGGUACCCGCUCGGGCCGGGCGCGGAGGCUCCGCCGGGCCCUGUCGCGGACCGCCGGCGCGCUGCCCCGCAGGACCGUGGACUUCAUUGAUUUAACUAGAGAAACCAGACCAAGGGCAAAGGAUCGCAGUGGGCUCUCUGUGAUUGACCUGACAAAAAGUGAGGAAGAAGAUAGACCUUUUGACACUCUUGAUUUGACUUUAGAAUCUGUUAUUCCCUCUCAGAAGGAACCAUUCAGUCUUCAGACAUGUGCCAGCCUGUCUAGCAAAGAGGUAAUAGAACCUCGAGGGAAUAGAAGCUCUUGGCCUAUAGCACGAAGAAUCAUUAAUAAUGAUCCUGUGGAUUUGGAUCUGUUGGAAGAAACUACUUUUGAAGAUCCUCAACCCCCUGCAUCCAUCAGUCAGAACUCUCUUUAUCCAGAAGAGCCAAAUUGUAGCUCAGCUACAUUCCUAGGUAACCUCAGCUUCUUGGCAAGCACACAGCUGUCUUCAGAUGUUAGCCCCUUUUCUCCAACAAGCAAUAAUGGCUACAGCAGCAAUCAAAGGGCACCCUUGCCAUGCUCCCUGCGAACCUUGCCAUCUCCACAGAGAACCUCACCAUGCCCACCACGAGCCUCCUCCUGCCCACCGCAAGCCUUGUCAUGCCCAUCACAAACCACUCAGGGCCAGCUCCCAGCCUUGCCUCACCCACCUCAAGAGGUGCCAUGCUUUCCUCAAGAUGUGCCCUGCAUUCAGCAGCAUAUACCAGUCCUAUCUCAAGACUCAUCAUGGCAUCUUCAUUGUUCACUGAGCCCACCUCAAGGUUCUCUGGGCCUACCUCAAGAUGUACCAGGCCCACCUCAAAACCUAUUGUAUCCACAAGAUGUGGCAUACCAGCACAACGUGCAGUCACUGCAAGAUAUGUCACAGUCACUGGGAGAUGCGCCACAACCACUGGAAAACAUACCACAGUUACCUGGCAACAUAACACAGUCACCAGGCAAUAUGUCACAGUCACCCAGAGGUGCACUACUUUUGCCAGAUACAGUACAUUCAUCUGAAAAUGUGCAAUGCUUAUCAAGAGACAUGCCAUGUAAACCAGGAGACUUACCACAAGACAGACCUGACUCCCCCCACAAUGAUACACAGAAUUGUGACAGUCCUAUGGAUAUCUCAACUCCAUCCUCUACAAGCUGCUCCCCCGGCCCACCAUCUCCACAGCCUGAAACUUCCUUAGAGAAAGUUCCUCAGCUUUGUGUCAGAGAAACAUCAGUCAGAAAAGAGAUGUCAUUGUCAGAGCCUGCCUGUGCCAGGUCUGUCCAGGUACAAGCACAAACAUUACAAGGCAGAAUAUACAACAGACCAUGCCUGCAUAGAAUGAAGUACUUCUUGCGACCUCCAGUCCAUCACCUCUUCUUCCAGACACUAAUCCCAGAUAAAGAUGCACGAGAGAGCAAGGCUCAAAAAUUAGAACCCAUACCUCAUCGAAGACUAAGAAUGGUGACAAACACCAUUGAAGAAAACUUUCCUCUGGGGACUGUGCAGUUUUUGAUGGACUUUGUGUCACCCCAGCAUUACCCACCCCGAGAAAUUGUGGCUCACAUCAUCCAAAAAAUCCUGCUCAGUGACUCUGAGACAGUGGAUGUGCUCAAGGAUGCCUACAUGCUCCUCAUGAAGAUUCAACAGCUACAUCCAGCCAACGCCAAGACAGUGGAGUGGGACUGGAAACUGCUCUCCUAUGUCAUGGAGGAAGAGGGUCAGACUCUGCCUGGGCGAAUCCUUUUUCUGCGUUACGUAGUACAGACCCUAGAAGAUGACUUCCAGCACACUCUGAGGAGACAACGGCACCACCUGCAGCAAUCCAUCGCCAACACCGUGCUGUCCUGUGACAAGCAGCCCCACAAUGUCAGAGAUGUUAUUAAGUGGCUGGUCAAAGCAGUAACUGAAGAUGAUUUUACUCACUACCCCAGUGGGAGCCAAAACUCUUCAGGGAGAGGGGUUUUGAAAGCCAGCAGCUGCCAACCCUCUCCUCAGCCUAACCUGACGAAGAACACCAAUCAGCUGAUUGUGUGCCAGCUUCAGAGGAUGCUGUCCAUAGCCGUGGAAGUAGACAGGACUCCUACCUGCAGCUCCAAUAAAAUUGCUGAGAUGAUGUUUGGGUUUGUACUGGACAUACCUCAGAGGAGUCAAAGAGAGAUGUUCUUUACCACCAUGGAAAGCCACCUGCUGCGCUGCAAAGUGUUAGAAAUCAUAUUCCUCCACAGCUGUGAAACACCCACCCGCCUGCCCCUGUCUCUGGCCCAGGCUCUCUAUUUCCUGAAUAAUUCCACAUCACUGCUAAAGUGCCAGUCUGAUAAAACCCAGUGGCAGACUUGGGAUGAGCUCAUUGAGCAUCUGCAGUUUCUGCUGUCCAGUUACCAGCAUGUUUUAAGAGAACACUUACGCAGUUCAGUGAUUGAUCGAAAGGAUUUAAUCAUCAAAAGGAUUAAGCCCAAGCCUCAACAAGGAGAUGACAUCACAGUGAAGGACGUGGAGAAGCACAUGGAGGCCUUCCGCAACCGCCUCAUCCAUAUGCUCGGGGAGCCUCUGGUCCCCCAACUCCAAAAUAAAGUGCACUUGCUGAAGCUCCUGCUCUUCUACGCUGCAGACUCGAACCCUGACGCAGAACCAGCCUCAAAGCACUAGAACAGCCUACAAGGGUGUCUCCAGCACUGAGCACUGAGAAUACCUCCAUGAACCGUUUCCACCUACUUAGAAACCCUCAGAAUAUGGACAGUAGUGAAAUCCUCACAGGACCAAACUUACCUUGUUUAUCUGUAGGUCAUAAUAACUAAGUCUUCAGUAUAUACCUUUUUAAUAAUCCUGUCCUAGUCUGUUCUAACUAUGGCUUAAAUAUACAAGGUGUAUAUAUUUCUAAUAAAUUAUUUGUCUACACGAUUUUUGAAAUAGGUGACAGUAUAUGCACUACAUAUUUUCAAAUUUCCAUUGGAGACAUGAGACUUCUCUGCUGAACAAACUAUGUCACUGUUAUGUCAUUCAAGGCCCUGCCAGCCUGUUUCUAGAAACAUUGCUUUCCCUAACAGAACACAGAUAUCCUCUAAUAGACCUUUUUAUAUUACCUAGAAAUACGAUUUUGUGACCAGUCCAUUGAUACAUAUUGUAAUAAAGGUGGGUAUUAUCUAGAAGGAUUAUAUGUGCUAUAAAACAUUUGAUGUUAACAUGAUACAAUAAAAAGCCAAUAAUUUUUCAAAAUAUCACCUCUACCAUGCUUCGUUCCACCACUGGAGACAAGCAGAGUGGCUACUCAACCAGGACAAAAGAGCCAGGUAUGGUGGUGCAUGCCUGUAACCCCAGCACUUAGAAGGCUGAGGCAGGAGGAUUGCCAUUAAACUGGAGGCUUGCCUGGGCUAUAUGGUGAGUUCAAGGACAGCCUAAAUAAACCACAUGGUGAAAUAAUACCUCAAAAAAAAAAGGACAAAACACAGAGACCAACAUUUGAGAAAGUAGUAAGGAUUCUUAAUUGUCAAAACAAGAAAAAGACACAAAUAAAUUAAUUGGAACAAUUUUAGACUGCAGGGCUUCUCUAUAGGUCAGUUCCUUAUGUAAACAAAAUGCUACCUAAAACAAAAAAGCAAGUAUCUGACAGUGUUCUUGACAGUGAACAUGUACACGCUGAGGAGAAAUCUGUAGGCAGUUUCUCUUUCCUUCAGUAAGAUAUGCAUCACAUAAAGGUAUGAUCAUUUUAGUAAAAAGUUCUUCCACUUACAAUUUUGAAUUCCACCACUCCACCCCACAGAAUUUCAGGCCCUGAUCCUGACAAAAAACAAGAUGACACUAAUUUUACAAGAAACUGAAGUGUGUAACUGUACUAAUCUUUAUUCUAAAAAAAUUUAUCUGGGGUUGCAGGUAGAACUCGGUGGUGCUUGCCUACCUAGCAGGUCCAAGGCCGCAGGUUUAUUCUUAGCAUUGCCCACAGGAAAUACUGGAAUGAAAUGAGAAGACUGAGUUAUGUCCCUUAGUUUUCAAUCAAAUGCAAUUUAGACUAACUUCAUUUUAAAGUGCAAGAAAGGAUAUGAAACAUGUCUGUUGCAUGAAAACAGGAACUAUCUCUCCUAUGGCAAUGGUCCAGGAGGUACCAAGAGGCACAAAGGAACGGCUGCAGGACAGAAUGGUGCCUUAGGACUAAAAAGCAAGAUGACUCCAUGGGAGAUCCCUCCCUGCCUGCCUGCACUGUGUCCAGAUCACAGAUGGAUCUUAGGUCUUACAUGCUAGGGCAGGAGCGCAGCCCAGUCAGAAGGGCCACUGCUGCCCAACUGAGUUAGUGGCGCCUCUACACUAUGAUUUGUCAGUGUUUGUGUAUUUCAUCAUGAUAAAACAAUCAAGGAGUCUCCGCUUUGGAACAGCACGAACAUUAUUUACCUAGUAAGCAAUGAUUAAAGUUCUUAUCUAGGAUAUAUGAUAUAAAAAUAGGUCAUGAGGUCCCCCAAAUCACUGCUCAGUUUUUUAGUCUAAUGCAGUACAAAAUGGUUUCUUCCACACAAAUACAAGCUUUUCACUCAUGUUUCUCAAAAACUGUCUCCAGCAGUCGCCUCUGUUUAAGAGGUUUAAAAAUAUACUGUUUCUGGGGGAAAAAAAAUGCCAUUCCUAUAUCAGAGCCAAGGGGACUGGAUACAAGAAACCUUCCACCCAGAGUCCCUGGGACAGAAAAUACUCUAGAAGCCA